CCCUUUCUUGCUGCAACUGUCAAACGCGUGUGUGUGUCGAAAAGAUCGAACAAAAAAGAGUAGCUUGUGCAUUUUUCGCGUUUUUGCCAAUCGAGGAUUUGCGGAAGUGGACGGCAAAUUUCGCUUACUAGCGUAAUUCCAGAACGAACUAUACUUGCCGGACUUACAACUGUGUCCAGCGUGUGUGUGUGUGAUUGGCGUUUGCAAGCGCUCCGUGCGAACUAACUCGGCGACGGUAUUGAUUGGUCUUUUGUUCGGUUUCGGGAGCUUCUUGCUCGGAGACGGUGAAGAUUGAUCGCAGCACUACCCGCAGGCGUGCAGAAUGGGUCUGCUAGAACAGUUGCAGGAGCAAGGAUGGUACAUCACGCAACCCGGCUUAGACAAGCUGCUGGAAGGUGAAAAAAAUGGAACCUCCACGAACGUCGACGUGAAGCAGGUUGUGAAAUUGGCCUUGAAUGUCGAUUUGCGGGAGUAUGGCGCCGGAGCGCUCAGUAGCUUGGCUUCCCGGGGUGCAAAAUCGGACAGCUUCGAUGGGCCCAGUGUGGUGCAGCUGGUCAAGCUGCGCAAUCUCGGCGCCCCGAAGGUAAACGAAGAGUCGAAAGUUGCUCCCCGCCUGCUGAAGCUUACCGUGACGGACGGUCAAACGCAGUACGUUGCGCUGGAACAUGAGCAUAUACCGUCGCUCAGCUUAAACACACCGCCGGGCACAAAGAUUCUGCUGAAAAAUGGCCCCAUCCGCAUCAUGCAGGGUGUGAUGAUGCUGAGCGACAAAAACGUACAGGUGCUGGGCGGGCACGUUACGGCGCUGGUAGAGAAAUGGGAACUGAGCCGCACCAUGGCCAAGUAUGCGAAGGGCGGACGGUUGAUGUUCAGCACAUCCGGCCCACCGCCAUGGAUUCCGUUCGGGCAGAAAAUACAGCAACCGGUUGCGAACAGCGACAAAGACUUUAAGAGCCUGCAGCCGAAAGAGAAGGAAGAGUCGACGGAAAAUACGGCCUUCAACGCGCUGCGUAACGAUGCCAUCGCGGAGGCAACCAAGCUGGGCACGAAGAAAACGUUCGGUGGCGGUGCGAAGCAGAUGGUUGAUGCGAACGUGCAGAAAAUAAUGGACAAGGGUUUCACCGAGGAUCAGGCGACCCACGCGCUGAAGCUGACGCGCAACAAUGUGCAUCGGGCGCUGAGCAACCUGCAGCGAAUAGAGGACCGCAAACAGGCACAGGCCGAGGGAGGCGGUGGCAAGAUGGACGGAGGUGGAAAAUCGGGCGGCAAACGAGGAUUCGGCAAGCGGGACGAUGAUGCCGAGCUGCUGCAAUCGAAACCAUCCGGCAAGGUGUCGUUGUUUGAUUAUUUUGGCGAUAUUCUGGCGGAUACGGAACCAUCGUCCGGGUCUGGCGGUGCCGGUGGUGGCAAGAAAACGAGCAAAGAAUCGACACCGGUCGAAGGAAAGGAACAGAGCCGAGCGCGAAGCGAUAGUUCCGGUCGGCAGACGGGCAGCAAUCGCAACCACCAUCAACCGUCGAAGAAUGCGCCUGCUACGACCCGUUCCCAUGGUGAUAGCGCUGCUGGCAACCACAAUUCCAACGGCGGCAGUCAAAUGGUUAAUGGUAGCAGCUCGAAAAGCUACAACCAGCAACGGUUUGAGAAUAAUAUUUCAAGCAGUUUUGCCAAUCGCAACACAGCCACCUCCUCUUCUGGGCGGGGAGGGGGAGACAGGGGCCGGGGUGAGCCACAGCAGCACCAGCAAGGAAACCAUGGCCAGUAUGCGAAUCAAUCGCGAGAUCAGCAGUCCGGUUACAAACAGUCGGAUUAUUACGGCUCGUCGGGUAACAGCCGGUACCGAGGUGCGAACGCGAGCGAAAGCCAUUCUACCAACACGUCCAACAAUCCCCCAUCUUCCGGUGCCGGUGGUGCACGGGGUGGAAAUUCGCGCGGUGGUGGAGGUGAUUCGAAAUACAACCAACAACAUCAGAGCUCCGGUUACAGCCAUAGCUCACAGCAGCAGCAGCGCGCAGACGGUUACAACAACAACAGCAGCAACAGCAACGCUACUGGCGGUGGCAAAUACAACGGAAAAGGUCAGUCGAACACUAAUGCAUCCGGCGGCGGGUACGGUAACAGUUACGGUUCGGAAAGCCGAAACCAGCAACCAUCGGCACAGUACGGUUCGGGUUCGCACGAAGGUCGCACGGCGGGUGGAAAAUCCGGUUCCGGGACGCAAAGUGGAGCCACGCCCCAACAGCAGCAGCCGCAACAAUCAUCCUACGGAGGUGCAUCCAAGCAGUCGGGGUACCACAAUCAGCACCCGGGAUCUGGCUCGUCGUAUAACAACGGCAAUGCAGUCAACGGAAACCAGCAAUACAAUCAGCAGGCCAGUGGUGGUGGUGGCGGCAGCGGCGGCGGCGGUAACCAUGGCAACAAUUACAGUGGCGGUGGUAAUAAUGGACCCAAGAACUCAACUAACAAAGGUGGCCGCUAUGGAGGAAAAGAUGAAUCUCAUAAGUAUGCUGGAGGUAAUGCGCCACCGAGCACCAGCACCACCACAACCACCAGCAGCUCGCAGCAAUCAAAAAAAGGAUCUUCAAAGGGUCAUCACGGAACCCAGCAGCAGCCGCCGUCGCAUUCGAAUGCUGCGCAUAGCAACCACCCCCCUGAGCAGCAUUCAUCCUCCUACAGCUCAUCCGGUGGCAAACAAGGAGCAGCGAACGCGAAUAGCAAGGUGAACCAGGUGACGGAACAGAUGGGAAGCAUGCAAAUAUCCGACAGCAAACCGUCGGGCUAUAACGCCACGAACAGUAACAACAAUGCUUCCCAUGCGCCCGCCUCAUCUGCUUCCUCAUCCUCCACGGCAAACAAACCCGGUUCGAUGAAGCAGACAAGCGCAAACAAUCACGCUUCAUCGGUAGUGCAGCAGCAGCAGCAGCAGCAGCAACAUGUACCGCAGGUAGCCUCUCCACCGGGAGUAGCCUCUCAACCGAUGGCAGUGCCCACUGGCACGGCAGGUCCGGGUGGACCAUCGCCAGGCGCUCCGGUCACACCGUCGCCGGGCAUCGGUGUCGGUGGUGGUGGUGGACCACCGAACGUGCCGAAGAACUUCAUCCAGCUUCCGAACGGCUACAACUACAAUCCCUACCAGAUCAUGGGUUUCCAGAACAAGCAGACGAACGAGUUUGCUUUGAAUGUGCUGAAAAGCCAGCAACAGUUUGAUCCGAUGCAGCAACCACCGCACCUCGGUACGCCCGGCCCUGUUCCGCCGACCGUUUCACCGGUCGGGCCCAACGUGAUGCCGAUGCCGGGCCCGAACGUAACACCGACCGGUGUGCUGGCCCAAGCGCCACCACCAGCUACCACCGUAAUUGCCACCGCACCGCAACCGGGAUCUGUUCCCGGUCAUGGUGCGCUUGGUCCGGCCGGUAUGCCGAUGGCGCCGGCACCGAUGGCUCAGGCCGCUGCCACAAUGCCCGCCGUCUAUCCCAACUGGAAGAUUGGCGACCGAUGCUGGGCAAAGUACUGGGAAGAUGGAGGGUUCUACACGGCCGAAAUUACUGACACGUCGAAGAAUACGUUCGUGGUGCAUUUUCUCGAAUACGGCAACUACGAGGAGGUGUUGAAAAAGGACUGCAUCCCCAUCACGCAGGCACCGACCCCGGCCGCACCCGCUCCGAUGGCUCUCGGAUACAAUCCCGCACCCUCCACACCUCACCUGCCACCACCCCAUCCGGCAGCCGCCGCCGCCGCACCCGUGCCGUUUGCUCCCCAUCCGGGUGCACCGCAUCCGCAUCUUCCGCAUCAACAUCACCACGUACCGCAUCACGCGAUGGCGGCCGCCCCGGGAGCGUACCAGGCUCCGAUGCAGGAUGUUACCAACCAGCACACGCACUAUGCGCCGUUUAAACCGGGCCCAAUGCCACCGGUGCCCUCGCCGAUGCCAACACCUCCGGGACAGGGUCAGCUACCGCCCGUAAUGAACCAGUAUCAACCAGCCCAACAUCACCUGCAUCAGCCCCAGCAGCAGCAGCAGCAGCAACCGCCACAACAGCAGCACCAUCUCUCCCAGCAGCAGCAGCAGCAGCAACAGCAGCAGGGUGGCCAUAUGCCACAACACCACCAUCAGUCGCAGAUGCAACCACACGGCGGUCAACAGCGGCCGGGUGGGAAGUUUCGUGAACAGCGACCCAUGUACGUUCCGCCGGCGCAACGUAAAUAAGUAAGCUGGGAAAGGCUAUCAACCGUCAUCUGUCAGUAAGUAGCUGCAAGUGCAUUUCCCUUUAUCAUCACUCUACUAACACAGAAACCGGGGAACGGACCGGAUUCGGAAUGUUAAGCGGCGACUCUCCCAGGAAAAUAGCUAACGAUGUGUUAAACACACACACUCUCUCUGUCUUGCUCGAGUGCAGGUUGUUUCGCCACUGCCAUUGCUAGUUCAACCGCUCACUACAGCAGCCAUUCGGUGGGAGUUGUGACCAGGAUUUUGAUUUGUCUUGCAAUGGGAUGCUGUUAGAUGGCGUGAUAUGAUGGGGUAUAGUGAUGGUGGAUAGCAUACCGAGUACACACCGAUGAUACUCCCCUGUCCCUUGUAGAUGUACUGAUUUUAUAUGUGGUAGUUGUGAAUGUGUGUGUUUCUUCUGGCGGGAAGCUUGAAGCGAUGGGGGAAGUCCAUCGGAAGCUGCGUGAAUGAAUGUUGGUAAUUAAAGAUAACAAAACAUUUUCCAAAAAUGUUUCUACCCGUUUUUCGUUGUGACGUUUAUGGUAUUACGUACGUUCUUUUUUAAAGUAUUUAAACUCUACUGGUCACGAUUUGGUUUCUCUCUCUCUCUCUCUCUCUCGAUCCGGUUCCUAGGAAUGGAUUUCCCGGGCGGGGGGUGAGCUCUUGAGGGAAAACAUACUAAAUCAGUAUGAAAUUAGUCACAAGCGGUCGUCGCCAUUUUGAAAUGUUAAAAAGAAGAAGAAGAAAACUAUUGGAAUCUACCUAGCAAAACGAUUCCACACAAAAAAAAACGAUUCGCGUAAUACUUACCGUUUCCAAUUCGCUUCUGAUUAUUACAAUUAUUACACUACUGUCGUACUUUUUUAUGGUCUCUGAAGGUCAAUAUUUGAUACAAUCAAGCAGCAGGAAUAUACAAUUGGCAACACAUCAUAACUAGAGCGAUGCGUUACGUUGUGUGGAUAGAAUUCACUUCCUCGAUUGGUUGAAUAAAGCAAGCAAGAAUGAAUCGUUGUAUAUUCUGUGAAGUAUUUAGCUGUAA